UCAGUUCAAACUUCAAAAUUUCUUCGAGAUUACAAAUUACGAGUCUAAAAUUAUGAGUUAAUUUAGUAUAUGUUGACAAACUUCUAGCGAUUAAAUUUAUGUAUUUAGAGUGAAGAAUUUUAUAACAUAUAGAAGUAAAAACUUUGUAUUAUUUUUAUUCUUGGUUUGCCAUUUUUAGGCAACUGUUAGUAAACAAUUAUGGAGAGUACAUCCAGUCACAAUGAUAAUGUGUACAAUAACCGUUAUUUUUGCCAUAACUGUGAUACAGAAAUAGGAAGUGUAACUGAUGAAUAUACUUGUCCCACUUGUAAUCUAGGAUUCAUUGAAAAAGUAGAAGAACAACAGACUCCAGAAGAACCUGAUGAUGAGGAUGAUAUGGAUUACGGAAAUGUACAUUUUAUGGUAAAUGGUAUGUUAAGUGAUGGUGAAUUAAGUGGACGUCGUAGUUCAAAUAUUCGUCGCCGUAGAUUUACAACUAGGGGACCUCAUGUAAUGACUUUACAACCUGGAAGAGGCCCUAGGCGAAGCUCAGGAAGUGGUACUAUUGAAAAUUUAGUUGAAGAUGUAAUAGUCAAUUUUGCUGAUUACGCCAAUUCCCGUGGAGCUACUGGUCCAGUCAGUAGAUUUUUACUUGGUAAUCCUGGAGACUAUGUAUGGGGAAGAGAUGGAUUAGAUUCAAUUGUAUCACAAUUAUUAAAUCAAAUUGAUGGAGCAGGACCACCACCAUUAACUAAAGAAAAAAUCCAAGACAUACCAACAGCUCAAAUUUCUCAAGAUCACCUAGCAUGGAACGUGCCCGAUUUGUCGUAAGUAUUUAGCUGAUGAUGGAUUAGGUUCAAUUAAUUCUGACCCACUAAAUGGAAUCAGCCUGGGUGUUGGUCCAAACUUAGCAGCACUUAUUAGAGCUAGAGGCCAACGUAAUAGUGAUCCAGUUUGGGGAAUGAAUGAAUAUGACAUGGCAUCAACAUCAUCAGAUUGGCCAUCACAACUUGGUAUAAGUUUACCUUUACCUAUUGUGUCCACUUCUUCAUCCACCCAAAUUCCAGCCACUUCAGGCAUGUCUACAUAUUCUUCUGUUGCUGCUAGAAAUUUACAUGACCCUCAAUUAUCUACAUCUAAUGAUGCUGAACCUAUGGAUACUGAUCAUGAUCAAAAUUUACCAGCAGUGAACAAUACAAAUGAAUCCUAGUCUUUUUAUAUUACU